AUGGCAGUAUCGGCCGAUGGCCGGUUCUCUCUCUCAGCUGCAGGCCAGUUACAUGGCUCCACUGGAAUAUUAGGAAGGAGGAGAUAUUGCUCGAGACUUGUGAAGUUUGGCAAUGGAGAGUUUAUGGGAAAUAAGCUGAAGUUAAACCAACUUCGUCAAGGAACUAGUCCUCCUAUUAGAAUUCCUAAGCAACAAAUUUGGAUGUCUCUCACUACCGAUAUAGCAGCAGAGUCCAAGUUGAGGGACCUAGAGAUGGAAAAAAGGGAUCCUCGGACAGUUGUGGCAGUUAUUCUCGGGGGAGGAGCCGGUACUCGUCUUUUCCCACUCACAAAGCGCCGUGCCAAACCUGCUGGCUACCAAGCAAAUUUGAUACUUGGAACUGUCCCAAUUGGAGGCUCAUACAGACUGAUAGAUGUGCCAAUGAGCAACUGCAUUAACAGUGGAAUCAACAAAGUAUACAUCCUCACUCAGUUUAACUCAGCAUCACUGAAUAGGCAUCUUACUCGUGCCUACAACUUUGGUAAUGGAGUCAAUUUCGGAGAUGGCUACGUCGAGGCUCUGGCAGCUACUCAAACUCCUGGAGAGGCAGGUAAAAGGUGGUUCCAGGGUACUGCUGAUGCUGUGCGGCAGUUUCAUUGGCUUUUUGAGGACCAAAGAUGUAGGGAAAUUGAGGAUGUGCUAAUUCUUUCUGGAGAUCACUUGUAUCGAAUGGACUAUAUGGACUUUGUGCAGAAUCAUCGGCAGAGUGGUGCAGAUAUCACUCUCUCUUGUUCACCAAUGGAUGACAGCCGUGCCUCAGAUUUCGGUCUCAUGAAGAUUGACAAUAAGGGGAGGGUCCUUUCAUUCAGUGAAAAACCUAAGGGGCGUGACCUGAAGGCAAUGGCAGUCGAUACAACAGUAUUGGGGCUUUCGAACGAAGAAGCUAUAAAGAAACCAUACAUUGCUUCAAUGGGUGUGUAUGUGUUCAAGAAGGAGAUACUUCUGAACCUUUUAAGAUGGCGUUUUCCAACUGCAAAUGAUUUUGGAUCAGAGAUAAUUCCAGCUUCGGCAAAGGAAUUUCACGUUAAGGCUUAUCUCUUCAAUGAUUAUUGGGAAGACAUAGGAACCAUCAGAUCCUUCUUUGAAGCAAAUCUUGCCCUCACUGAACAUCCACCAAGGUUUAGUUUCUACGAUGCAGCAAAGCCAACGUAUACAUCACGAAGAAACCUACCCCCAUCCAAGAUUGACAAUAGUAAGAUUGUUGAUUCAAUCGUCUCUCAUGGAAGUUUCUUAAACAACUGCUUCAUCGAACAUAGUGUAAUUGGUAUCAGAUCUCGAAUAAACUCAAAUGCCCACUUAAAGGAUACAGUAAUGCUUGGUGCUGACUUUUACGAAACUGACGAUGAAGUGGCAUCACUGCUUGCUGAAGGAAGAGUACCAGUUGGGAUAGGAGAAAAUACAAGAAUCAAAGAAUGUAUAAUUGAUAAAAACGCCAGAAUUGGGAAGAAUGUUGUUAUUGCAAAUUCGGAGGGCAUACAAGAGGCUGAUAGAACUUCUGAAGGCUUCUACAUUCGAUCUGGAGUUACAAUCAUAUUUAAGAACUCAGUUAUUCAAGACGGAACCGUAAUAUAA